UAUUUGGGGUUGAGUGUCCUUUUAUAAAGGAAAUCAAACAUCAGAGAUUGGCAUUUGCAAUGGACUUCAUCAUGGUGUUCAGCCGGGUUCACACUGCGAUAAGGCUUUUGUUAACCUGCUUCCUCUAUCAUUAUGUUUAUGGACAAACCUCAGGACCAUAUUUCAUGGUGACAUUUCCUGCAGUGAUCAAGUCUGGCACUGUUGCAAAAUUCUGUGUGAGUCUUCUGAAGCCCAAUGAGACUCUGCAAAUGAACAUUUAUCUGGUUCACGACAACCAGAACAGAAUACUUUUACAAGAGACAGUGGAAAAGGAGAUUCACUACUGCUCUAAUUUUACGGCUCCACAGGUUGUGGGUGAAUCGGUGCAGGAGAUAAAAGUAAAAGUCAAAGGUGAAAGUUUUAAGAUGACAGAGAAAAGGAAAGUGAUGUUUAAAUCCUAUGACACUUUGGUAUUUAUUCAGACUGAUAAACCUAUCUACAAUCCAGGCCAAACAGUGAAUUUCAGAAUUGUCACUAUGGAUUCUAAUUUUAUUCCCCUUGAACGAAAGUACAGCACAGUCAUUCUUGAGAAUAAUAAUCGUAACAGGAUUGGUCAGUGGACGAAUGUGUCCUCGACAGGCCUGAUACUGCAGCUUUCACAUGAGCUCAGUUCUGAGGCUCCACAAGGCCAUUAUUCAUUAACUGCUCAAAUUGAAAAUAGGUUGAUCACACACUAUUUUAAGGUCCAAAAGCAUGUUUUACCCAAGUUUGAGAUUACAGUAAAAACACCAGAAAAACACAGCAUCGGUGAGGAGGAACUGAAGCUGGAGGUUUGUGGAAGGUACACUUACGGACAGCCAGUACCUGGCACAGCACUGGUGCAAGUGUGUCGUAAAUUUAGGCAGAAUUAUUUUCAUCGUGAGGACGCCCCUUUGAUUUCACCAUGCCUGGUUAAAACAGUAGAGAUUAAUCAAACUGGUUGUGCCUUCCUUAUGUUGAAUGUAUCAACUUUCAUGAGUUCUGAAUUUGAAGUUAAUUUUGAGCACUCUCUUAAUGCUACUGUUACACUGACAGAGGAAGGAACAGGUUUCUCCUUGGUAAAAUCUGCAAUCAUAGAGCUCACUUACCAAAUCGGUAAAGUGGAACUUGUGGAUUUACCAAAAAACUUUGAACGAGAGAGAUAUAUAGAAGGAAAAAUUAAAGUUACAACCUUCAGUGGAACACCAAUUCCUAACAAGAAGGUUUACCUUUCGGAAGGUGAACGGUGGUCUCAAAAGUUACUACUUAAUCUUACUACAGAUAGUAAUGGAUUGGCAAACUUCUCAGUUGCUUCACCAGAACAUCCUACAACAGAGAUAAUAUUGAGGGGAAGUGACUAUCCAGUGGUCAAAUACCACACAUACAAAACACCAUUCUUUUCAAAUGCUGAAGCACGUAUACAUCUGCUCCAACCUGCCACACCUUACAGUCCAGUGUUCAGUGAAUUGUCAAUAGAGAGCUCAGAGGAACCAUUUAAGUGUGGUGCUGAAAUUCCCAUAACCAUUAACUACUAUAUUGUUGGAGAAACUACUGGAAAGUACAGCACUGAUCUUAUAUACAUGGUCUUAUCUAAAGGAAUCAUAGUCCAUCAUGGACAUGAGGAAGUUGAAGUGGAAGCCUCUACAGAUGUCAGAAAAGGAAAAAUCUCAUUCAAACUAUCUAUUGUUCCUGAGCUGGCUCCUGUAGUGCAGGUUGUGGUGUACUCUGUCCUGCCCAGUGAGAACAUCAUCGCUGCUAACAAGAAUUUUGAUGUGGAAAAAUGUUUCAGAAAUAAGGUUUCGCUACAGUUCUCUUCCUCUAAAGCAGUUCCUGGUGAGAAAAACACUCUCGAGCUCAAGGCUCAUCCUGGUUCACUGUGUGGCCUCAGUGUUGUCGAUCAGAGUGUGUUCAUCUUGGAGCCAGAAAAGCAUCUAAACAUUAAAACAAUAUUUAAUCUGUUGCCAGUGACAUCGGUAUUAGAUUAUCCAUAUGGAGUUGAAGAUUCUCAAGAGUGCUUGCAUGUAAGACCUCGACGGGAUGCAUGGAUUGAACGUACUUAUUAUACAUUAAAGAGCGUGGGGCUGAAGAUGGCAACAAAUUUGGCUAUUAGAGCUCCUCGGUGUUUGGUGUACAAAGGAACGACAUAUCAACGCUUAUAUGGAGCGCAUGGUUUUGCUCGUCCUCCGGGAGCGCCUAGAAGCCACGUUAAGACUGUUCGCACAUUCUUCCCAGAAACAUGGCUAUGGCAGCUGUCUGAAGUGGGGGACUCUGGAUCAGCACAGCUUCCUGUCACUGUUCCUGACACCAUCACCACUUGGGAGACAGAGGCUUUCUGUGUGUCCUCUACUGGUCUGGGACUGGCUCCUCCUGUUCAGCUCACUGUAUUUCAGCCCUUCUUCCUGGAGCUCUCGUUGCCCUAUUCCAUUAACCGGGGAGAGGUUUUUGAGCUGAAGGCCACCAUCUUCAAUUAUCUUUCCAAGUGCAUUAUGGUUAAAGUGACCCCGGCUCCUUCUUCAGACUACACUCUGGAACCCUCUUCUGAUGGCGAGUUUUCAUCCUGCCUGUGUGCAAAUGGCAGAAAAACGUUCAAAUGGACUCUGAUUCCCACCGUGCUUGGAGUCUUGAAUGUGACAGUGAGUGCAGAGGCAGAACAAUCCCAGACAGUGUGUGAUAAUGAGAUUGUGAGUGUUCCAGAGAGAGGCCGUAUUGACACAGUUACACGAAGCCUGAUUGUGCAGGCUGAAGGAACUGAGAAGAUGAAGAGCCAGAGCUGGUUAUUAUGUCCACAGGGCAACAGUGUCUCUGAAGAGUUGGAACUGAUUCUUCCUGAGGAUGUAAUAGAGGGAUCUGCACGAGCUUCUGUUUCAGUACUUGGAGAUAUACUUGGUCGUGCAUUGAAAAAUCUGGAUGGACUGCUAAGGAUGCCAUAUGGCUGUGGAGAACAAAACAUUGCCCUCCUCGCCCCCAAUAUCUACAUUCUUCAGUAUCUAGAGAACACUGAGCAGCUCACCACAGCUAUCCGUGAGAGGGCUACUGGUUUCCUUAAGAAUGGAUACCAGAGGCAACUUAACUAUAAACAUUUUAAUGGUGCAUAUAGCACAUUUGGCAGCGGGGAGGAGAACACAUGGUUAACUGCUUUUGUCUUGAGGACUUUCGGCAAAGCACAACGUUACAUCUUUAUUGAUCCACAAAUCAUUAACAGUGCAAAGCAAUGGCUAAUAAAUAAUCAGAGAUCAGAUGGCUGUUUUAUAAGACAAGGCAGUCUGUUCAAUAAUAGAAUGAAGGGUGGUGUAAAUGAUGAAGUGACUAUUACUGCCUACAUCACUGCAUCAUUGCUUGAAUUGGGUAACACAGUCCAGGAUCCUUUUGUGAAUAAAGGACUGCUGUGUCUGAAGUCUUCUAUUGGUAACCUGACAAACACCUACACCACUGCACUGUUGGCCUACACGUUCAGUCUGGCUGGAGAAAAUAAAUUUCGGGAGCAACUACUAAAAGAGUUGGAUAAUGUUACCAUUUCAGGAGAUGGUCGGCUUCAUUGGUCUCAGUCAGCAUCAGAUGACUCCGGCUCAUUGUCAGUGGAAAUCAGUUCUUACGUGCUGCUAGCUGUUCUCACUGCAGGUCAACUCACUACAGCUGAUUUGGGAUACGCUAAUAGGAUUGUCAGCUGGCUAGUGAAGCAGCAAAAUCCCUAUGGAGGCUUUUCCUCCACACAGGACACAGUUGUGGCCCUCCAAGCUCUGGCUCUGUACUCCACUAAAGUGUUCCGCUCAGACGGCUCUAGCACAGUAACUGUAAAGUCAGAAUGUGGACACAGUUACACCUUUGAUGUGAACCAGAACAACAAUUUACUGUACCAAGAAAGAUCACUGCAGGAUGUUCCUGGCAAAUACAGCAUUGAAGUGAAGGGUGACACCUGUGUGUCAGUGCAGACAGCACUUUUCUACAAUGUCCCCACACCUACUCAAACUAGUACACUGAGCAUUGCGGUGAAGACCGAGGGAAACUGCACAAAAACAUAUGGACAACCUUUGUCCCUCGGCUUCACUGUUGAAUAUCAUGGGACACUUAACAACACUAACAUGAUCAUAGUGGACAUAAAACUGUUAUCAGGGUUCACAGCAGAUCCUGGUGAACUGAAAAGGGGCAUUUUGGUGGAACGGGUUGAUUCUAAAGAUGACCAUAUUAUCAUGUAUAUCAAAGAGCUCAGAAGGAAUAUUCCUAUCAACUAUCAGCUACACAUUAAACAGGUGCUUCCUGUCAAGAAUCUCAAGCCAGCGGUGAUCAAAGUUUAUGAUUACUACCAAACAAGUGACCAGUCUGAGACGGAGUACACCUCCCCCUGUGUGUAGGAUUUCACAUUGCAUUUGAAGAUGCAGAAAAACCUUUGUAUAUCUGCUUUAUGGUUUUAUUUUCUGCUUUAGGAUUUUUGUUGUUGUUGAAAUGAAAUAAAAAACCCUUCAAAUGCC